GAUUCGUUAUUUGUUUUGAUUCGAAACGAAAAAUCUAAAGUUUUAUUGGAACUAUGUAUAUGAGUUUUAUAUUAAAAAUAUAAAUUAUAUAGUGUAAACACAUUUAUGAAUAUAGUGUGAACGCGUUAUCAUAUUUAUUAUCAAAUCAUUGUAAAACUGCCACGUGUCUAUUAUAGUAUGAAUGUAUUUAUGACAAUGUUUCUCCUUUAAUAUAUAAGGGAUAUGAUUUUGUAUAUUUCCAAACAAAAACACAAUUACCUAUACACCUAACCAUUUUUCAACCAAUAGAAAAAUAAAAUAGAGAAUUUUAUCAAUAAAUUUUGCAUCCAAAUUCUAAAACGACACUUAUUUUGAAACAAAAUUUUUUCCUUACAACGACAAUUAAAUCGAAACGGGGGGAGUAAUAUUCAUAGGUAACUCUUUGAUAUAUUUAAUAUUUUUUUUCCUUUCUAUUCAUAUAAAUAUUAAGAUUCUUUCAACACAUAAUAUCAUCCAAGUAUCUAAAACUCUAAAAAAAAUAUACAAAAAAAUUGUAAAAUAUUGAUAAGAAAAAUGGGAAGCAAAGUUUCUUUCUCAAUGAUCUUAGUUGCAUCUCUUUGGGCAGUAACUUUUGCCACUGAAAGAGUAGCUCAAGUGCAACCCCCAAUAACAAUACCUGCACUUUUUCCACUGGGUUUACCUAUUGAUUUGGUAAAAUGUUGGUCGUCUCUUUUUAACGUCGAGGGAUGUGUGCUCCAAAUAUCCAAUUCAAUUCUUUCUGGCAAGUUUGAAAAUCUUGAAGCCCCGUGUUGCAAGGUGUUCUCAUCCUUAGAUGCAAAUUGUUGGCCUCAAAUGUUUCCACUGAACCCAUUAUUUCCACCUUGCCUCAAGGAAAUUUGCGCUCGCAUCGUUCCCAACCCACCUACACACAAGUGAAAAUCUGCACUUUAGAUCAGUCAUUUAUCAUUUUCCAAGCCAUAUAUGUCUUUUUACCGUAUUAGAUAGUUCAAUAUAGUGAAAUUUCUAAAUCGCUUAAUUUAAUAAAAAAACUUUGGAGCUCUCUUCCAGAAAAAUCCAAAUUUUAAUACAAUAUGGUAAUCACACCUACCUUUUUCAUCCCUCUUUCAUUCGUUUUUAACGAUUUGCUGAUUUGAAAAGACAAAUUAUCAAAGAAAUUCAGUUUAAGUAAGUGUUUACAUUAUAUUUAGAUCUUUUCAUACAAAUCAUCUAUGUAUUCAAUUGUAUCCCCACCUACAUUAUUUGAAACAAAGUGUAGUACGGAGGAAAACUCAAAUGAAUAGCUAGUUAAGACAACAAUAUGUAAUUAAUAGCUUCCCCAGAACUCUACCAUGUUGUAGCCUUAAACAGAGUAAGGCGCAGCAAAAAUAAUUUUAGGGUUACUCGGUGGCGGUUCAAAUUUGUGUAGAAGUGUGGCCGACAAAUCGUUCAGGAGCUUGAAAUUCAUUGUUUCAGUUUUGGUGAUCAACUAUUCUCAUUUCUCUGAGUUGCUGGAAUAGCUCUAAUUCAAUGAUUGAGAACCUUAAUUUAAAAUUUUCGAUUAUGAAAAAAAUGUUGAAAAAAAUGUAACCACAAAGAAACCAAACUGAAAAUAAUUAAUUGGGUCAAAAUACAAUACCAACUUUUACAUAAUUAUAUCUCUGUAACAAUAACGCCCUUGCAUUAUUUCAGCCUAGUGUAAGAAAUUUUUUUCCAACCUACAUGGGGCUAUAUUUUGAAAAAUAUUUAUACACAUCGGUAACUCUUCAAUAUAUUAAAUAAUAUCAUACUUUCUAAUCCUUUAAAAUUUAAGCUUCUUUCAACAUCUAAUAUCAUCCAAGCAUUUAAAAGUAUAAACCAAAAAAAAAGUGUAAAAAGAUUGAUGAGAAAAAUGGGAAGCAAAGGUUUUGUCUCAAUGAUCUUAGUUGCAUCCCUUUGGGCUAUAAUUUUUGUCACUUAAAGAACAUCUUCAAAAGUUAAUUUCAAUUUUUUCUUCAAAAUUUGACUUCUUCAAAAUAUGAAAUAACAUGUUCUCCAAUGAUUUAAUGCAUUUUCUUUGUAUACAGAACAUUCUAAUUAUAUUAUAUCACCAUUUUAUACUUAAUUAUUAUACUUUUUAAAUUUACUAACUUUAUCUAACUAUUUUGUUUUAACAGUAAGCCGAUCUAAUUACUAUAAUUAUUAUAAGGUAGACAUUAUCAUAUGAUACAAUUAUUAUACAUAACAUGAAUAAAUAAACAAAGAACAUUAUAUUUUAUAAAGAAACACCAAAUAUAUAUUUCAAUUAAGUGUUUAAUCAAAGUAUUCUGAAACAAAAAAUAAUUUUAUUUUAUUCUAAAUUCUUCUGAAUAGAACAUGAAAUUAUCGGGAAAUAAUAUUUUCAUGUUUUUCGCUAUUAACAUCUAAUUAGAUAAAUUAUUAAUAUCAAUUUAAAAUUAAUUGGAUAAUUUCAACUAGUAAAAAAUGAUAAAUGAUAUAAAAUUUAUGAUUUCGAAUAAGACUAAUUUAUUUUAUUUUUUUUUUUGAAGAUUUUCUAAAUAAGACUAAUUUAAAAUAGAAGAUAAUAG